AUGUCUUCAUAUAAACAAUAUGAAUCUGAAGCAAUUAGAAGGAAACCAUUAAUUGAAAAGAAAUAUAAUGAAGAAGAUGAAGAGAAAAGAACUCAGUAUGAUGAAACAAAGGAAAAAGUAGAAUCUUUAAAAACUUUAGAGUCAAUUCUUGCACCAAUACUUUUCACUUUAUUAUCAUUUUUUGUUAGAUUUUAUAGAAUUUCAAUAAAUGAUAAUGUUGUUUGGGAUGAAGCUCAUUUCGGUAAAUUUGGAUCUUAUUAUCUUAGACAUGAAUUUUAUCAUGAUGUUCAUCCUCCGUUAGGUAAAAUGUUGGUUGGUUUAUCAGGUUAUUUAGCUGGUUAUAAUGGUUCAUGGGAUUUUCCAAGUGGUGAAAAAUAUCCUGAUUAUAUUGAUUAUACUAAAAUGAGAUUAUUCAAUGCUACAUUUUCUGCUUUAUGUGUUCCGUUAGCUUAUUUUACAAUGAAAGAAAUUGGAUUUUCAAUUGCAACAACUUGGUUAUUUACUUUAAUGGUUACACUUGAAUCUUCAUAUGUUACUUUAGGUAAAUUUAUCUUAUUAGAUUCAAUGUUAUUAUUUUUCACCGUGGCAACAGUUUUUUGUUUUUCUAAAUUUAAUAAUUUUAAUAAUGAUACUCAAGAAUUUAGUAGAAAAUGGUGGAAAUGGUUAUUAUUAACUGGAGUUUCAAUUGGUUGUACUUGUUCUGUUAAAAUGGUUGGAUUAUUUGUCACUACAUUAGUUGGUAUUUAUACAAUUGUUGAUUUAUGGAAUAAAUUAGGUAAAGUUAAUUGGAAAAGAUAUUUAAAUCAUUGGUUAGCAAGAAUUUUAGGUUUAAUUAUUGUACCAAUUGCAAUUUUUAUGUUAUCAUUUAAAGUUCAUUUUGAUUUAUUAUAUAAAUCUGGUACUGGUGAUGCGAAUAUGUCAUCGUUAUUUCAAGCAAAUUUAUUAGGUUCACAAGUCGGUGGUGGUCCAAGAGAAGUUUCGAUUGUUCAUUCAGUUGUAACAUUGAAAAAUCAAGGAUUAACUGGUGGAUUAUUACAUUCACACGUUCAAACUUUCCCAGAAGGUUCAAAACAACAACAAGUUACAACUUAUGGUCAUAAAGAUUCAAAUAAUAAUUGGAUUUUCCAAAGAGCAAGAGGACAACCAAUUUACGAUCCAACUGGUAAUAAAACAGAUAUAGAAUAUAUCAUUGAUGGUAUGCAUGUUAGAAUUAUGCAUCCACAAACUGGUAGAAAUUUACAUACUCAUGAAAUUCCUGGUCCUGUUUCAAAAUCAGAAUACGAAGUAGCAUCUUAUGGUAAUUUAACAAUUGGUGAUGCAAAAGAUAAUUGGAUUGUUGAAAUUGUUGAUCAAGCAAGUAAUGAAGAUAAAUUAAGAUUACAUCCAUUAACAACAUCAUUUAGAUUGAAAAAUGAAGUUUUAGGUUGUUAUUUAGGAGUUUCAGGUAAUACACUUCCACAAUGGGGUUUUAGACAGGGUGAAGUUGUUUGUUAUAAAAAUCCAUUCCGUAAAGAUAAAAGAACAUGGUGGAAUCUUGAAGAUAAUAGAAAUGAAAUCUUGCCACCAGCACCAAAAGAUUUUAAAUUACCAAAAACUAAAUUCUUAAAAGAUUUUAUUCAAUUAAAUUUAGCAAUGAUGGCAACAAAUAAUGCAUUAUUACCAGAUCCUGAUAAACAAGAUGAUUUAGCUUCAUCAUUUUGGCAAUGGCCAACUUUAAAUACUGGUAUUAGAAUGUGUGGUUGGGGUCCUGAUAAACCAAAAUAUUUUAUGAUUGGUAGUCCUGCUACUACUUGGACAUCAACAUUUGGUGUUAUUUUAUUUGCAUUUAUUACAUUAUAUUAUUUAAUUAGAUGGCAAAGACAAUAUGUAGAUUUUGAUUCAAAAAAAUUGAAUAAAUUUUUAAUGGGUGGUAUUUAUCCAAUGUUUGGAUGGGGUUUACAUUUUAUGCCAUUUGUUAUAAUGGGUAGAGUUACAUAUGUUCAUCAUUAUGUACCUGCACUUUAUUUUGCCAUGAUUGUGUUUUGUUACGAAGUUGAAUUAUUUACAAAAGACCUUAAUACAAGUGUUGCAAAAAAAUUAACAUAUGCUGCUAUUUAUUUUGCAUUAUAUGCAUUAGUAGCAGGAACAUUCUGGUAUUUUAGAUAUUUUUCAUGGGGUAUGGACGGACCAAAAGAAGAUUGGAAGCAUUUAAAAUUAAUAAAAUCAUGGAGAGUAAGUGAUGAUAAUUAUGUAUAG